AUGGAUCGACUAACUCAUCUUGCAACAACAACAAUUAUCUAUCUUCUUCUUCGAAUAAUAAUAAAAGAAAUUGAAGGUCAAAAUAUGGGGCCACAGUCAAUGCGUACAAUGAAUAUAAAAAUUGUACCAAACGCCCAUUAUAAAUUAGGUUAUUUUGCUAACUUUUUGGCUAAUCUAAGUGGUGUCAGAUCAUUAAUGCAUUGUGCUUUAGCAUGUCAACAGGAUUUGUCAUGUCGCACAGCUACUUAUUACAAUAAUUUAUCUCUGUGUAGUCUCUACGACGAAUAUUCAUAUGUCGGAGAAAUUAUUCCAAAUUUCACUACCACCGAUGAUUCAUCUGCUGUUCUUAUUUUACAAGUGUGUCCAGUGGGCUACGAAGAACCGUAUCAUCUCUGUUUUGGCUCAUAUCGUCCACCCGUCAUCUUUUCGGAUGUAGUUAACAAUUUAACAACAGCAGUGGCAAUUAUUUCGAAUAGUGAAACAUUUGUACCACGUUUAAGUUCAAAAUUACUCUACAUACCACUUUAUAAUAGUCCAAUUACUAAUAUUUAUGAUUUAACAACCUAUACACAACAACAGACAAUUGUUACACCAUUAUUUAAUCAAUGUCAUUCGGAUAUUGAUUUUGCCAAUCAGUAUCUAGUCUGUACCGGGUAUUUGCAAAACGGUACGGUGAUUCUAAGUCCUGUAUUAAAUAUGACUAUCGGACUUGAUAAAACCGGGUGGAAUGUAUGCUUAAAUGAAGAGUAUAUUUUUAUAACAUAUAAAAUUUUGGGUAGUACAAUUGAUGUUUAUUAUCGUACAAACGGUACAUUUGCAUUUGAAAUUAAUGGUUUUUAUCAAGCAAAUGGUUGUGCCGUAUUAAAUAAGAAAUUAUUUGUUUUAAAUCCUGGUGUUGGUUUACAAUCAACGGAUUUAGAUUCGUCAACUUUCGUUAUUACAUCGUAUCAGAAUGGAAGUAGUAAUACAAUACAACAAAUUUCAUCACAAUUUACAAUUGAUUCUAGUGGACGUUCGUAUACAUGUGGUUGUAGUAACUCCAUGAAUUGUCUCCCGCCAUCAACAUCUGAUAUGAGUGUGAUUUAUUCAAUGACGGUCAAUAAUAUUACAUUGCUAGCCAAGUAUCUGAAACCGUACAGUUAUUUAACGGGUCGUGCGACAAAAUAUAACUAUCGUUUACUUGUAUCAUUACCUGUUGCAGAAAAUAAUGUUUAUAUCUAUGAAUAUUAA